AUGAAGGAAGGUAGGGUGAAUCAAGCGUCCUUAAUCUUCUUCUUCUCCUUGGCCGUGCUUGUUCCGAUCCUCCAGGCAGAUAUAGGUGAAUUGGACGAAGUAUGGCAGCAGCGGGCGGAGGCUGCCAAGCAGGCUGCCCUCAACGCCUACCACCCUAAUCCAGAACAAGUAACCCGCCAGUUCAACUCUUAUGUCCACGAGGCUACGGAUGGGAGCAACAGCACAAGGAGGAACCUAAGAAAGUACAGGGGAUCGUGCCGGGCGACCAACCCGAUUGACCGGUGCUGGAGGUGCGACCCAAACUGGGCUCAGAACCGGAAGAAGCUGGCGGACUGCGUCCUGGGGUUCGGCCACAAAACCGUCGGCGGCAAGUACGGCAAGUACUACAUCGUCACUGACCCAUCCGACGACGACAUGGUGGACCCGAAACCGGGGACGCUCCGCCACGCAGUUAUCCAGAAGAAGCCGCUGUGGAUCGUGUUCGCCCGGAGCAUGGUGAUCAAGUUGAAGGAGGAGUUGAUCAUGCAGGGUCACAAGACCAUCGACGGCCGCGGCGCGAAAGUGCACAUCGCCUUCGGGGCAGGCAUCACGGUGCAGUUUGUGGAGCACGUGAUAAUCCACGGCCUGCACAUCCACGACGUGGUGCAGGGCCAGGGCGGUAACAUCCGGGACUCGGUGGAUCACAUCGGGUACAGGACGAGCAGCGACGGGGACGGCAUCUCCAUCUUUGGGUCGUCCAACGUAUGGAUUGAUCACAUCUCCAUGUCCAACUGCAAUGAUGGACUUAUCGAUGCCAUCCAGGGCUCCACCGCCAUCACCGUUUCAAAUUGUCACUUCACCAAACAUAAUGAGGUGAUGCUGUUUGGAGCGAGUGAUAGUUACGAAGGAGACUCGAAAAUGCAGGUAACAGUGGCGUUCAACCAUUUCGGGAGGGGUUUGGUGCAGAGAAUGCCGAGAUGCCGAUGGGGUUUCUUCCAUGUUGUGAACAACGACUACACUCACUGGCUCAUGUACGCCAUCGGCGGCAGCCAGCACCCCACCAUCAUCAGCCAAGGAAACCGAUUCAUUGCUCCUCCCAACGACGCUGCAAAGGAGGUGACGAAGAGAGACUACGCAGCGGAGGACGUGUGGCAGCAGUGGACGUGGAGAUCGGAAGGAGAUCUGCUGAUGAACGGAGCAUUCUUCGUGCAAUCUGGGAACCCUAAAAAGAAGAGGCCCUACAGCAAGCUGCAAAUGAUCAAAGCCAAGCCAGGAUCCUACGUUCGUAGGCUCACUCGCUUCGCCGGUGCUCUCCGCUGCAAGCCCAAGAAGCCUUGCUAG